AUGAAUACCAAAAUGGCAGAUGGAGCCUCAAGUUCUGUUGGUGGGGGUAAUGAAACCACGGAAAAGUUGAGCGAUUCUGAGUCGUGGAAACAGUUGAUCGACCUUUUGACUAGAAUGUCGGACGGUAUCAGUCGUGAACUUCCACCAAAUCAUGCCCGAGAAGCACGCCCUGGAUCACCGAGUUCUGCAAAGAAGCCAAAAGUUGACAAUUUUGCGGAAUUUGAGCUUCCUGCAUUGUACGUUGUCGUCUGUGAAGCUUCAGUAUUGAUUCCUUCAAAUGAUCCUUGUAGUGUUCGGUUCAGGAACACUAGGUCCAAUACUAAGGAGGUGCUGGCAGUGGCUCUUAUGCUGGAUGGAGUGGAUCCUAGGACUCCUAUUCCUGAAAACAUGCUGUGGAAACAUGAUGCUUGGUUUACCCGAUUGGGCUCCAACUAGGGCAUGACAACUGUUCGAAGUCAUCUGGUCCUCCUUAACUGAGUUUACCUUAGUUGAGUUGAGUUUUCUCCAGAGAAAUUGAGGGAAAAAAGAAUAAAAAGCUGUCCUGUUGACAAGAAA